ACGGAAUUGGCGGAAGUCAGCAGGGCUAAAACACUAACGCGCCAAAUUUGUGUAAAAUUCUCAAAACAGACAUUAAAAGAUAGUCUGACCCAGAAGGGAAUAUCUACAUAUGUAGAACUCGCCCGUGGAGUAAAACAGUAAAGCAUGGCGGUGCCUUUUGUGCAGGACUGGGACCUCGUUCAGACGCUCGGAGAAGGAUCCUACGGAGAGGUGAGGCUGCUGGUGAACAGACAGACGGAGGAGGCUGUCGCCGUGAAGGUGAUCGAUACCUCACAGGCUAAAGAGUGUGCCGACAAUGUCAAGAAAGAGGUGUGCAUCCAUAAGAUGCUCAACCACCCCAACAUCGUAAGGUUUUUUGGCCAUCGGAAGGAAGGGCCGACUGUUUAUCUGUUUCUGGAGUACUGCACCGGCGGAGAGCUGUUUGACCGAAUCGAGCCUGAUGUGGGAAUGGCAGAAAAGGAUGCUCACAGAUUUUUCCAGCAGCUAGUGGCGGCUGUGGAGUACCUCCACUGCCUUGGAAUCACCCACAGAGACAUAAAGCCUGAGAACAUUUUGCUGGAUGAUAAAGACAACCUGAAGCUGACAGAUUUUGGCCUAGCCACCAUGUUCCGUUUCAAAGGACGAGAGCGCCUUCUGAAUCGACUCUGUGGAACGCUGCCCUACGUGGCUCCGGAGCUUCUCAGCCAGACCGAGUACAGAGCUCAGCCGGCAGAUAUCUGGGCCUGUGGGAUAGUACUAACUGCCAUGCUGGCUGGAGAGUUGCCGUGGGACCAGCCAACAGAGAGCUGUCAGGAGUAUUCAGACUGGCUUCUAAAGAAAACAUACCUACCUCCCUGGAAGAAAAUACAACCAUUACCUCUCAGUCUGUUGUCAAAGUUACUUCUGGCCAGUCCGGAUGCACGAAUAACCAUCACAGACAUACAGAAGGACCGCUGGUUCACACAAGGUUCUCUGAGCUCAAGGGGGAACAAAGAUCUUCGAUGUGAUGUGGAACCGCGGGCCAACAGUGAUGACAGGAUGCAGUUUUCCAGCUCUCAGCCCGAUUUUGCCGCGAGUGGUUGGGAAGCCAUGUUGGUGCUCGGUCAAACAGAAGGUCAAGUCAGCUUCUCUCAGCCAACCAAGCCUGAGCACAUGUUACUGGGCAGCCAGUUACUGUGCACACCAGGAGCCAGUCAGUCGCCCUGGCAGAGGUUAGUGCGGAGAAUGACGCGUUUCUUCACCAAUGUUGACGCCGAUGCCUCCUUACUGUCACUGAAAGAUGCCUGUGAGGGUUUGGCCCUCGGUUUCAAACACACCUGCAUUAAACAGGUGACUGUGAGCACACUAGACAAACGCAACAACAAACUCAUCUUCAAAGUCCAUUUACUGGAAAUGGAUCAGAGGGUGCUGCUGGACUUCAGACUGUCUAAGGGUGAUGGUUUGGAGUUUAAGCGUCUCUUCGUGAAGAUCAAGCAGAAGCUUGGAGACAUUGUCAGCACUCAGAGAAUUUUACUCCCCCUCACAUGAGCGACUUCCAGACACGCUCUGCUUUGACUUUUGGAGACAAGCUGUACAUAUUUACAUGUUCUGAUAACUGUUCUUUGGAAACCGGUAGGCUUGUAAAUCAGGAGGACAAAGAAAUCCAGGUGCUAUGUCCUGUUCUGCAACAUGUUCGCUAUUAAGUUUUAGUUUUUGGUUAGAAAUUGAACAAAGCUGCAUGCAAGGAAUGAAGAGGAUGAGGUAGUGUGCACGGUCGUCCGUGAUCUGCUGUUGUACAAACUGACGUGUUAUGAUUAUGUUUGAUAUGAUACAGUCCAAAGUU